ACUGUCAUGGCGGUGACGGUCUGAAAGCUACCGGGGAGUAAAUCAGGAAGCGAAGGCGGUCGCAGCGAGCAGCCGGGCGAACGCUUCACUCUCUUUGGCCGAGCUUGAGUGCACUUUCCCGGUUCGACGAGGCGAGCGGACCCCCGCCCCCCGCCUCCCGCCUCCCUUUGUGUGGUGUUUCAGUCGGCGUGUGUACGAGCGUUGAGAGUUUGGCACAGCUACCUGUCAAGUGUGCGGACUCCAUGACAAUAGCAACUUCCGCCGGUUGUAAAAGUGGACCUUUUUGGACGCUUUUCGAGGAAGCGAGCGUCGGGGAAAGGCUGGCCGUGCUUCUACCUGCCUCCCCGGACCCUUUCACCUCACCUACUCGCCCUCUUCAUUUUUCUUCGGACGGCAUUAAUCCGCCUGCGGGCUAUCAAGUUACGAACUAAAAGAAGAGGAGUAGUUCGCGGAGGCAUUUGCCACGGCGGAGCGACACUCUUGGUACUUUAUUGGACUUUACUUAUCGUGAAUGGCAAGGGACGUACUCUUGCUUAUGUGCCUGUAGAUUGCCACCAACGAACCCGGAGGGACAUUAAAGAGAACCUCCCUCUACCUUCCCUUCUCCCCCCCCCCCCUUUGACUUGCCACCGCCGCCAUUGGAGGCGAACAGGUGGCUUUACCUGUGGACGCCACCUGUUCUCCGGUACCCACCUUGAGCAAUGGCGAGCGAGGAGACCACGCCGCUCAACCCCGCCGUGCCCAUUCGAGGCAUCAGGAUGAAAUUCGCCGUGCUGGCCGGCCUCAUGGAAGUUGGGGAAGUUUCCAAUCGAGACCUCGUGGAGACCGUGUUCAACCUGCUGGUUGGCGGCCAGUUUGACCUGGAGAUGAACUUUAUCAUUCAGGAGCCAGAGAGCAUCGUGUGUAUGGUGGAGCUCUUGGACAAGUGCGAACCCACCUGUCAGGCCGAGGUAUGGAGCAUCUUCACCGCCAUCCUCAAGAAGAGCGUGCGCAAUCUGCAGGCGUGCACCGACGUGGGCCUCAUUCAGGUGGUGCUUCAUCGAAUCUCCAACACCGACAGCAUGAUCGCAGAUCUGCUGGUAGACAUGCUGGGCGUGCUGGCCAGCUAUAGCAUCACGGUCAAAGAGCUGAAACUGUUCUUCAGCAAACUGCAAGGGGAGAAGGGCCAGUGGCCUCGACAUGCUGUGAAACUUUUGUCAGUCCUGAAGUACAUGGCUCAGAGGAACGGCCCAGACUCCUUCUUCAGCUUUCCUGGCAAAAAUGCAGCGGCGAUAGCGCUACCGCCCAUCGCAAAAUGGCCGUAUCAGAAUGGCUUUACGUUCCAUACGUGGCUCCGCAUGGAUCCUCUCAACAACAUCAAUGUGGAUAAAGACAAACCUUACCUCUACUGUUUUCGCACCAGUAAAGGCCUAGGCUACUCGGCACACUUUGUGGGCGGUUGCUUGAUAGUGACCUCGUUGAAAACAAAGGGGAAAGGAUUCCAGCACUGCGUGAAGUACGACUUCAAACCUCAGAAGUGGUACAUGGUGACGCUGGUGCACGUCUACAACCGCUGGAAAAACAGCGAAAUUAGCUGCUACGUCAACGAUGAGCUGGUGUCCUUCGGAGAGAUCGCCUGGUUUGUCAACACCAGUGACACGUUCGACAAGUGCUUCCUAGGCUCGUCCGAGACGGCUGACGCCAACCGGGUCUUUUGCGGCCAGAUGGGCGCCGUCUACUUAUUCGGAGAAGCCCUUAAUGCUGCGCAAAUCCUGGCCAUCUACCAGCUGGGCCCAGGGUACCAGGGCACGUUCAAGCACAAGGCCGAAAGCGACCUGUUGUUUGCCGAGCACCACAAGACGCUGCUGUACGAUGGCAAGCUGUCUGCCGCCAUCGCCUUCGCGUACAACCCCCGUGCCACUGACGCCCAGCUCUGCCUCGAAUCCUCCCCCAAGGACAACGCCUCCAUUUUUGUGCAUUCCCCGCACGCACUCAUGCUCCAGGAUGUGAAAGCGGUGGUGACUCACUCGGUUCAGAGUGGCAUUCACUCCAUCGGUGGUGUGCAGGUUCUCUUCCCCCUCUUUGCGCAGCUUGACUUCUACCAGCCCUCCAACCACGAGCUGGACACCUCUGUCUGCUGCACUCUGCUGUCUUUUGUGAUGGAGCUGCUGAAGAACUCUGUGGCCAUGCAAGAGCAGGUCCUGGCCUGCAAAGGCUUCUUGGUCAUCGGAUACACUUUAGAGAAGUCAUCCAAGGUGCACGUGACGCGGGCCGUCCUGGACAUCGUACUGGCCUUCUCCAGAUACCUGAGCAACUUGCAGAAUGGCAUCCUGCUGCUCAAGCAACUGUGCGACCACAUUCUGUUUAACCCUGCCAUCUGGAUCCAUGCCCCCGCCAAGGUGCAGCUGACUCUGUACACGUACCUGGCCACCGAGUUCAUCAGCACCGUCACCAUCUACAACGCCAUCCGCCGGGUGGGCACCGUGCUGCAGGUCAUGCACACGCUCAAGUACUACUACUGGGUGGUCAACCCGCAGGACCGUAGCGGCGUCGUGCCCAAAGGCCUCGAUGGUUCGAGGCCGAAGGAAAUGCUGUCUUUGCGAGCCUUUCUGCUUUUGUUUGUCAAGCAGCUUAUAAUGAAGGACCACGGUGUGAAGGAGGACGAGCUCCAGAGCAUCCUCAAUUAUCUCCUCACCAUGCACGAGGAUGACAACCUCAUGGAUGUGCUGCAGUUGCUGGUGGCACUGAUGUCUGAGCACCCUGGAUCCAUGGUGCAGGCCUUUGACCAGCGUAACGGAAUUCGUGUGAUUUACAAGCUUCUAGCGUCCAAAAGUGAAGGGAUAAGAGUGCAGACGCUCAAAGUGUUGGGAUACUUCCUCAGACAUUUGACACCCAAGAGGAAAUCUGAGGUCAUGCAGAGUCAUGGUCUCUUUUCCCUGCUCACGGAACGCCUGACGCUCCACUCGGCCCAGUUCUCCAUGACCACCUACAACGUGCUCUUUGAGUUCCUCACCGAGCAGAUCUGCACACAAGUGAUCCAUAAACAGCAUCCGGAUCCCGACUCCACCGUGAAGAUCAUCAACCCACAGAUCCUGAAGGUUAUUGCCGCCUUGCUGAAGAGCUCCCCGCUGUCGCCAGAGAGCAUGGAGGUGCGCAAGGUUUUCUUGUCAGACAUGAUCAAGCUGUUCAACAACAGCCGAGAGAACCGCAGGAGUCUGCUGCAGUGCUCUGUGUGGCAGGACUGGAUGCUGUCGCUGUCCUUCAUCAGCCCGCGCAACAGUGAGGAGCAGAAAGUCACCGAGAUGGUGUAUGCUGUCUUCCGCAUCCUGCUCUACCAUGCCGUCAAGUACGAGUGGGGCGGCUGGCGCGUCUGGGUGGACACCCUGUCCAUCACCCACGCCAAGGUCACCUUCGAGCAGCACAAGGAGCACCUGUCCCACAUGUUUCGCCAGUACCAACGCCAGGAAUCCGCCAGUUCUCUCUGCACCAUCAGAACCGUCUCCGGAGUUAGCCAGAGCUCUGAGACCACCGACUGUACCAAUGGCCCCCCCUCUACUGUCAUAAAGCUCACAGUGGAUGAACCCUUCGCUGACACAUCUGAUCCGCUGAAGGCGUCCAUCACUGUGUCCCAAGAGGUGGUGGAGGAUGAGCAGAGACUGGCUCAGGAGGCUUCUGAAGAAGAUGCUUGGAUUCCAACCCAAAACUUAGAAGAACAGUGUGGAAAAACAAGCGAGCAGGAACCAGUAAUUGAGACUGAGAAGGCAGAUCAUUUACCAGAGCCACCUCAGAGUGAAGUUCCUGUAACAGUUGAGGGAGAAGUUGCUAAAGACAAAGACUCUACGAAAGAAGGAGCUGCCGAAGAGGAGCCCAAGAACGACCAUCCGUCUCCCGAGUUGGCAGCCCCUCUGGACAACAGCUUGCUUGGUGGUGCCUCAGUCUUCAACGAAGACUUGGUGGACGUGUCCUCCGCCAGCGACCCCGUUGACUACAGCCAAGAGGAGUUGUUGUACGCCUCUGCUGCAACUGAAGAGGAUGCAGUGGAAAAAAACGGAGGCCGUGACAUGAAGCAGGAAGUUUGUGAGAUGCUGGAAGUUGCUUUAGAAGAAAACAAUGAAGAAACCGGAGAUAAACUGGUGUCUGAGAGUAUGGAGACCCCAGCACCUGACACCCCUGAACAAAAUGUGAUAGACCAACCAAAAGAGGAACCCGCGAUGCCAGACCAGCAGCCCACGGCAUCCUCUACAGAGCAGCACACUCUGGAAGGGUCAGACUCCAUCUCACCGAGUCAAGAUACAGCCACCACCAGGGAAGAAUCCCUUUCUGGUGGCCCAGGUCGAAGCGCCGCUGGCCAGAAGACUAAAGAGAUCAAAAUAGCCCGACUGGAUGUGGCCAAUGUAGCUUUAGAUACGGAGAGGCUGGAACUGAAGGAGGCACACUCAACAGAGACAAGCCAAACGGUGACGACAGCAGCCGGUGGGGCCUCCUCAGAUCAGUCCAAAGAGAGCGGAACCUCGGUGCCGCGUUCCACCGUGUUCCGCAUCCCUGAGUACCGCUGGUCCCACAUGCAUCAGCGCCUCCUCACAGACUUGCUCUUUGCCAUCGAGACGGACGUGCAAGCGUGGAGGAGCCACUCCACCAAGACGGUCCUGGACUUCGUGAAUAGCAGUGACAAUAUGGUGUUUGUGCACAACAGUGUGCACCUCAUCUCGCAGGUGGUGGACAACGUGGUCAUGGCAUGUGGCGGCAUCCUCCCACUGCUCUCCGCUGCCACCUCCUCCUCUCAUGAGCUCGAGAACAUCGAGCCUUCUCAGGGCCUGACGCUUGACGCCUCCGUGGCCUUCCUGCAGCGCCUCGUCAACCUCAUGGACAUUCUAGUCUUUGCCAGCUCGCUCAACUUCGCCGAGAUCGAGGCAGAGAAAAACAUGUCGUCGGGCGGCAUCCUGCGACAGUGCCUCCGUCUUGUGUGUGCGAUGGCGGUGAGAAACUGCCUUGAGUGUCAGCAGGCUCACUUGAAGCACAACAAAGAAGCCAACACAGCCAUUCCCGGGAAAUCUUUUUCUGCACAGAGUCCUGUGGACGCGGUGACGGGCGGGAUGUCUCCUGUGCGUGACUUUGAGCGACUGUUGCAGGACAUGGACAUCAACCGCCUCAGGGCAAUCGUCUUCCGGGAUAUUGAGGACAGUAAGCAGGCUCAGUUCCUGGCUCUGGCUGUGGUCUACUUCAUCUCCGUCCUCAUGGUGUCCAAGUAUCGAGACAUCCUGGAGCCCCACAACGACAACAAGCACCCGCAGCGAUCGCAGUCGACCAGGAGCGCAGACAGCUGUGCCGGGCCGGAGACAGAGAACGGGGUCUCUCUCCACCGCUACGACUGCGGCAUCGGAGACGAGCACGCCUCUAUCGGCGCGGCCGGUGAGGCCAUGUUGUCAUCCUCUGGCAGUGCUGCUCACGGCCCAGACGCCAUCUCGGAGGCCCUGUCCACGUUGUCUUCCGAGGUCAGACCCACUGAUACCAAAGGCAAGAACGUGAAGGACAUCCUGCGCAGCCUGGUCAGCGCGCCGACUGACGAUAUCAUUGUGGACCCCGGCCUGCUGCCACCCACUUUUCUGGGGACCGUGGUGGGCGUGGGCGACGUUCCCAGGGAUUGCCUGCAGAUCCGAUCUUUUGACAGGAGUGUCGUCCUUGCGCCCAAGAAAGCGGGUGUGACGUCUCAGGUGCCCGCUGCCGCUGUCGCCAUCCCUGCUCCCCCCACCGUGCCCGCUGUGUCACCCGCUGCUGCCGUGGCCGUGGUCUCUUCUGGAGAUACAUCACAGGCCAGCGGCUCUGCAGAUGCAGCCGGCCAGGAUCCAGCUAGCGCUAGCUUGCCAUCUGUCCCGCCGCUCUCCCCUGUGACCCAGCACACGGCCCCCAAUAUGAGCAUCUCUGAGCGUCUGGAACAUGCCCUGGAGAAGGCAGCCCCCUUACUCAGAGAGAUCUUUGUGGACUUUGCCCCGUUUCUCUCCCGGACCCUGUUGGGCAGUCACGGACAGGAGCUCCUCAUCGAGGGCACGAGCUUGGUGUGCAUGAAGUCCAGCAGUUCGGUGGUAGAGCUCGUCAUGCUGCUGUGUUCACAGGAAUGGCAGAACUCCAUCCAGAAAAACGCUGGUCUGGCCUUUAUUGAGCUGGUCAACGAAGGCAGGCUGCUGAGUCACACCAUGAAGGACCACCUGGUCCGCGUGGCAAACGAAGCCGAGUUCAUCCUCAGCCGGCAGAGGGCUGAAGACAUCCACAAACAUGCAGAUUUCGAGUCCAACUGUGCUCAGUACUCGGCCGAGAAGCGUGAUGAGGAGAAAAUGUGCGACCACCUUAUCCGCGCCGCCAAGUACCGAGACCAUGUGACGGCCACGCAGCUCAUUCAGAAGAUUGUCCACAUCCUCACUGACAAACACGGAGCCUGGGGAGCCUCCUCUAUCAGCCGGCCCAGGGAGUUUUGGCGCCUGGACUACUGGGAGGACGACUUAAGACGGCGACGCCGCUUCGUCAGGAACCCCUUCGGAUCCACCCACUCGGAAGCCACGCUCAAGGCCGCUGCUGAGCACGUGGCUGGGGUCAGUGUGUCUGAAGAUGAUGUGCUGAAAGGCAAGCGGUCCAUCAAAAGUCAGGCUGUGGCCAACCAAAACUCUGACAGCGAUGCCUCUCUGGACGCCGACGACGACACGCUGUCGUCUCUGGAGGAGAAAGAGCUCGAAAACUUCACCGGCCCGGUGAACGUGAGCACGGCGGCCCAGCUGGUGGCUCCGGCGGCGGUGGUGCGAGGCACCCUGUCCAUCACCGCCUCGGAGCUUUACUUCGAGGUGGACGAGGACGAGCCGGGCUUCAAGGCCAUCGAUCCAAAGAUUUUAGCGUACACGGAAGGUCUUCAUGGCAAAUGGCUGUUCACAGAGAUCCGGGCCAUCUUUUCUAGACGUUACCUCCUCCAGAACACCGCCCUGGAGCUCUUCAUGGCCAACAGAACCGCCGUCAUGUUCAACUUCCCUGACGCCGCCACCGUCAAGAAGGUGGUCUACAGUCUUCCCCGCGUGGGCCUCGGCACCAACUUUGGCCUCCCACAGACCAGGCGUAUCUCCCUGGCCACACCAAAGCAGCUUUUCAAGGCCUCCAACAUGACUCACCGCUGGCAGCGUCGCGAGAUUUCCAACUUCGAGUAUCUCAUCUUCCUCAACACCAUCUCCGGCCGGACCUACAACGACCUGAACCAGUACCCUGUCUUCCCCUGGGUCAUCACCAACUACGAAGUGGACCAACUUGACUUGACGCUGCCCAGCAACUUUAGAGACCUGUCCAAGCCCAUCGGUGCGCUGAACCCCAAGCGGGCCGCCUUCUUUUUCGACCGCUACGAUUCGUGGGACGACGACCAGGUGCCAAAGUUCCACUAUGGCACGCAUUACUCCACCUCCGGCUUCACCCUCAUGUGGCUACUUCGCAUGGAGCCCUUUACCACGUUCUUCCUAAACUUCCAAGGAGGCAAGUUUGACCACGCCGACCGCACAUUCUCGUCGGUGUCCCGCGCAUGGAGGAACUGCCAGAGAGACACAUCAGAUGUCAAGGAGUUGAUUCCAGAGUUCUACUACCUCCCUGAGAUGUUUGUCAAUGCCAACACAUACAACCUGGGAGUGAUGGAGGACGGCAUGCCGGUCUCUGACGUAGAACUGCCCCCCUGGGCCAAGACCUCCGAGGAGUUUGUGCGAAUCAAUCGACAGGCUCUGGAGAGCGAGUUUGUGUCCUGCCAGCUCCACCAGUGGAUCGACCUGAUCUUCGGCUACAAGCAGCAGGGGCCCGAGGCCACCAGAGCCCUCAACGUCUUCUACUAUCUCACCUACGAAGGCGCCGUCAACCUCAGCUCCAUCAGCGACCCCGUGCUCAGAGAGGCUGUCGAAUCUCAAAUCCAAAGCUUCGGGCAGACCCCCUGCCAGCUACUCAUCGAGCCACACACACCCCGAAGCUCGGCCAUGCAAGUGUAUCUUCUCCUGCAGACCCCGCUGAUGUUCACGGAGCAAAUGCAGCAGGACGUCAUCAUGGUGCUCAAGUUCCCGUCCAACUCGCCCGUGAGCCACGUGGCCGCCAACACGCAGCCGGGCCUGGCGGCGCCCGCCGUCAUCACCGUCACCGCCAGCCGUGUCUUCGCCGUCAACAAGUGGCACGGCCUGGCAGGUCAUCCCAGCUCGGCGGUGCAGCAGCAGGAGCAGCAAUACCAACUUCCUGUGGAGAUUGACCCUCUCGUUGCCAGCAACAUGGGCACCCACCGGCGGCAGAUCUCUGACCUCCUGGACCAAAGCAUCCAGAUCAGCUCGCAGUGUUUUGUCGUGACGGCCGACAAUCGCUUCAUCCUGCUCUGCGGAUUCUGGGACAAGAGCUUCCGGAUCUACUCCACGGACACGGGCAAGUUGACUCAGAUCGUGUUCGGUCACCGCGACGUGGUGACGUGUCUGGCGCGAUCCGAGUCGUACAUCGGUGGCGACUGCUACGUGCUGUCAGGCUCCCGUGACGCCACCCUGCUGCUGUGGUACUGGAACGGCAAGUUCAGCAGCAUCGGAGAGAGCGUCGCCACAGGCAUCACGACGCCUCGUGCCAUCCUGACGGGUCACGACUGCGAGGUGACGUGCGCGUGCGUGUGCGCCGAGUUGGGUGUGGUGAUCAGCGCGUGCAAAGAGGGUCCGUGCCUGAUCCACUCCAUGAACGGCGACCUGCUGCGGACCCUGGAGGGCCCGGAGGCGUGCGAGCGGCCCCGUCUCAUCCAGGCGUCGGCCGAGGGCCACUGCGUCAUCUACUACGACAAAGGUCGCUUUGGAGUCUUCAGUGUCAAUGGGAAGCUGCUGGGACACAUGCAGGUGGAGGACAGCAUCAAGGCGAUGCUGCUGAGUCGUGACGGUCAGUAUCUGCUGACGGGCGGCGACGGCGGCGUCAUCUCCGUGCUUCAGGUUCACGACCUCAAGACGCUGUUUGCCUACCCGGGCUGCGACGCGGGCAUCCGCUCCAUGGCCAUGUCACAUGACCAAAGGUGCAUUAUCACGGGCAUGGCGUCAGGCAGCAUCGUGCUCUUCUACAACGACUUCAACAGGUGGCACCACGAGUACCAGACCAGGUACUGAUCCCAACAACCUGACCAACAAACCAAAAUCCUCUCGGCGGCGCUGUGUGGAGUCCGCUCUGAAUGUAUCCCGGCAAGAAGUUAUUUUUCAAAACCACCGCGCGCGCGCACACACACACACACAUAUAUAUAUAUAUAUAUAUAUAUAUAUAUAUAUAUAUAUAUAUAUAUUUUUUUUUUUUGUAGACAACAAUGAAGUAACUUUCAUAUUGAUCUUUUUUGGGUGGGAGCGUGGUUAUCGUGUGGUUUAAAAACAAAUCUAUUUUUAGCUGUAAGAGUCUAUUUUCUUCUUCCUUUUCAUCUUCACGCAUAACAAUCCAAAUAUUUACUGCGUACUUUAGGGUGAAUGUUGUACUUGGUAUGCGUGUUUUGGGGUUUAAUUAUGAAGUUGCUGAAUUUUCAAUAAUUGCUUAUCGAGGGGGAUUUAUACAAAUAUGUAUAUAAAUAUAUCUAUCUAUACAUCUAUAAAGGUAUAGAUGUAGAUAUAUAGCUAUACACAGUUUAACUUUAAUCUUCCAUAUUUAAAAACGUCCAUUGGCUUCUCUGUACUUUUUUGUGUGUGUGUACCUGGCACAAAAAAAGCUCGGCGACUGACGUUAGCGGCGCUUUUCCGUGUCUCGUGACCACAUCCAAUCAAUCGUCACGAAGAUGACUUUAAACUGACAUCCAAUGUUUGUUUUUCUGUUGUUGUUGUUUUUUCUGUGUAUGCGUGCAGAAUUCUGACAAAUAAAUUGAAUUUUCUAACAUCAA